CCCAUCGAUGAGACAAAGGCUAUCGGCAGCGUUGAUGACACGGAGGAGGAGACCGAGUGGGUCGAAUCUACUCCCGUAGUAGACACUUUACUGAAGCGUCUCCCUCGGAUGAUCAAAGAUCUGCAGGAAUUCCAUCACGAUGCCACACAGAUCUUGCGGCCGAAUAUGGAGACAUGGGGGAAACGCAGCUGUGUGAAGUCGCAAUACAUUAAGGACACCGGGGACGUGGUUACGAGCCAUGUAGAUCCUGCGAAGCGGAUAAGGGAGCUGCCAUGCAAUAAGGAUGAAGCCGAAGAGCGGGCACAAGCUGCCGAACCUGAGAUUGCGUGCCUCAAUGGUGACUACGAGCGAGCCAUGUACCUCACUCAGGCGGAGUAUGAAGAAGAGCGUGUGCAGCUUGCGGCAGAGGUGGAGUCUCUCCGUGCCAUUGUCGCAGAGUCAGGCGUCUUUCGUUCCGCCAACGAGGAACUGCGGGCCCGUGUCUUGCAGCUGGAGGAGGACGCGAGGAAUAACACUCUUGCCCUCGACGCUCAGGAGAAAAUGAAGGAAAAACUCAGGACAACAGAGGUCCUUCUAACACAAGCCAGAGAAGCUGCUGACUCCAACAACAAGAUGGCUAACAAGUAUGAGCAUGGUUGGUCUCGUGUAUCUGCCGCCUCUACCCUUGUUGCGGAUGCCAUUCUAGGCGACACCCGUAUCUCUGGAGACAAGGAGCUGGAUCGUCUGAACAAGGCUCAUGUGGAGGCAGAGGCUUUGAUGGCCACGGCAAGAGCAACCUGCACUGCUCUGUUCCCGGACACAGAUAUUGGAAGGAAUGCAGCUUCUGUCGCCAACGUCAUGAUUGACGGGCCGUCAGAGUUCCACAAGUGGAAGGUCUCUGCCUCUCGUGAAGGAGCUCGCAUGGCUCUGGCCACUGUUGUUUCUCACUACCCAACUCUCAAGUUGGGCAAGGUGCAGGAGGGCGUUAACCCAGACGAGCCUGAUGUCCAAGCUCUGGGCCGCAAGGUGGAGCAUGCAGCGUGGAAGCUGGCAUCUUACUGCCCUCUGGAGAAUCACAUGGAUGACCUCCCUGCUCAAGAGCAGGAGUAGAUAUAUAUAGGCCUUGCCAUGUUUUAUACAUUUUGCUCACUGUGAGGGGUCGCUAUAUAUGCCUUUGAAUAUUUUGUGACAGUCA